AUGGAGGCGAAACCCAAGUUGCAGGUGGCCGUGGAGAAGCCCACGCCAUACACGUUUGACCUCGGUCACAUCAUGGUCGAGGACCCCAACCCAGUCGAGCUCGAUCACGAGGCCAUCGAGGCGUCGCUCGCCAACGUCGCCCGCGACGGCGCGCAAUCUCUCAUCAACCAGCUCUUGACCACUUGCCCCUUGAGCACCACAAAGGACGGCGUCCUCCUCAGUCUCCCGGCGCCAUCGAACCGCCUGCCCCGCGAGAAGCCCGUCCCCGAAGCCAAGGCCCCGACCAAGUGGGAGCGCUUCGCCGCCAAAAAGGGCAUCCUGCCCAAGUCCAGGGAGUCGCGACGCAACCUGACCUUUGACGAAGAGAGCGGCGACUGGAAGCGCAAGUGGGGCUACGGUGGUGUCAACAAGAAGGGCGAAGGCGACGCCAUCGUCGAGGUGGACAUGAAGGCGGAGAGGGAGAGGAAGGAGGGCACACACGUAAGGGGGGACAACCGCAGAGAGCGCAAAGAGAACCUGAGGCGAAACGAGAGGAAGCAGAGGAAAAAUUCUCGGGAUGCCUCAGCGAAUGGAAGGAAAUGA